CCUUCCGUAACACUUUCGUAAUAUCCAGUUUUUACACGAAGCUUCUUUAGAUAAACCUUUUACAUUGUUUUAUAAAUAAUUAUUGUUCCUAUUGAACAUUGACAAAAAAUUAUUUAAAAACUCUCAUAAUGCUUACUUGAAUUUUCAUUUCAUCACAGGAUCGUGAGCGUUUUAAAGGAAAUUCGAAAGAACUGUAAUGUUCGCGGCAGGAAUAGCAGGAGUUGGUGUUUUCUAUGCUGGCAUCUUGGGAGUGAGUAUCUGGGCAGCAACUUCGAAAAAGAAAAAAAUACCCAACAAAUCUCUAGAUGGCUUGAUUGUGGAGAAUCGAAAACUCGGUUUGAUACUUGGAAUUUUCACACUUGUCGCAACAUGGGUCGGAGGAGUUUUCGUAAAUGGCACGGCAGAGGCUAUGUUCUCCAAGGGACUGGUUUGGUGUCAAGUACCUAUCGGCUACAGUUUCAGUCUCCUUUUCGGUGCGAUAUUGUUUGUAAAACCAAUGAGAAAAGCUGACUAUGUGACUCUACUAGAUCCAUUUCAACAGAGAUAUGGUGCACAGUUCGGUAGUUUAUUUUUUCUUCCAGCACUCAUAGGCGAUCUUUUGUGGUGUGCUGCUGUGAUAAAAGCUCUUGCAAAUACAAUCAGUGUCAUCACUGAAGUUGAUAAUAUCAUAAGUGUCACGGCAGCUGCACUGCUCACUAUUAUAUACACGACAUUUGGCGGACUUUAUAUGGUUUCCGGUACAGAUGCUCUUCAAUUGGUUUGUGUUAUGCUUGGAUUGGCUACUGCAACUCCCUAUGUGAUAUUAAACUCACCUGCACCACUAGAAAAAAAGCUCACUCAAAAAGAUUGGCUGGGUGAAGUUGAAUCACAAGACCUGGCUGAAUGGAUCGAUGGCUUACUUUUACUUAUAUUUGGUGGAAUUCCAUGGCAGGGAUACAUUCAACGGAUUCUUAUGAUGAAAACAACAUCAACGGCUAAAAUAGCAUCAGUAGCUUCAAUGAUUUGCUGUUUGAUACUAGCGAUUCCACCAGCAUUGAUUGGACUUAUAGCGAGAGGUACCGAUUGGUCCGUCAUUGAAGAUUUUAAUCGAACAACGCCAACGUCAAGUUUCAAUAAUGGUUCAAUUUUACCAAUUAUUCUAAAACAUUUCACUCCUCAGUGGGUUGCUUUUGUUGGAUUAGGAACUAUUUCUACCACAGUCAUGUCAUCUGCUAACAGCAGCAUUUUUUCUAGCAGUUCUAUCUUUUCACGCAACAUUUACAGAAUGACUAUUAGACCUAAGGCAUCUGAAAAAGAAUUAACUUGGAUUCUAAGGAUUACCCUCAUUUUUAUAGCUCUUUUGUCUGCUGGAAUUGCUCUCGUCGUUCAAAGUGUCUAUUACUUGUCGUUCUUAUCAUCGGACCUGGUAUAUGUCGUUCUGUUUCCACAAUUAUUAGCUGUACUCCAUUGGCCUUCGUUGGUUGAUACUUAUGGAUGCCUUGCGGGAUACAUUGUUUCUAUAACUUUACGAAUAGCAGGAGGUGAAAAAGGAGUGGGUUUGCCGCCGUUAAUUUAUUACCCCUUCUUCGAUCAUCGUACUCAAACCCAAAAGUUUCCAAUUCGCACAACAGCCAUGAUAUUAUCAGUUAUAACUCAAUUGAUUGUUAGUUUUAUUACAAGAAAAAUUUUCGAUGGUACAACUUGUUGUCCUCGACACUGUGAUUUUUUAGGAAUUUAUGCCUCAGGAAAGUCAAAAGAGCAAUCUAGCGUUGCUCAAAGUAGUUCUGGUGCUGCACUUCUACUUAUUGAUUCAGUCAUGACUGAAGGUUCAGCUGGUCGUGAUUCAACUGAUAGUCAAGAAGAUGAUCGGCCUAGUUAUGAGGAUUCACGAACUUCUGAAGACACUAUCAACUACAGUACAUUUGGCGAACGACCUGAUUAUACUCUGCGACGUGGAAUGAGUGUCCAAAAUACUCCAAUUUCACGAAUAAAUAGAACUUUUCCAAAGAAUGUAACACAAACACCCGGUAGAAAUCGAGUUCAACAUUCCCAUCUUAAUAACUUGGAUGGACAAAUUCUAGGUGUUAGAAAUUUACCCACUACACCAUUAAAUCAAGUUCUAUUAUCUAAUGAAAUUAAUCAUAAUAAUACAUUAAAAAUGGUUCCUCCUCCCGUAAUUAGCAAUACUCCUGUUACAUCAGCCUAUUCUACUUAUGGAAAAUUUACGAAUAUCGAGAAAGCUAAGGAAAUAGAAAAGAACGGCGAUCGAAAUUCUUUGGAAUUGAAUCUUAAUCUUAAUCUGAACCUUCAAGAAGCUCCUGUAGGAGUUGUAAAGAAAAAUGUUGUUGGGGUAAAACUUGUUGGCAUGGAUGGAACAACUACAUUGCGUCGGCCGUCUCAGGGUACUUUUUCACCAACUCCAUCAGUUGAAUUAGUACACAUUUUGGAUAGAAGACAAAGUGGUAGUUCCCCAUUUGGACCACCAUCUUUGUCACCUGUACCCGGUGUUGAAGCUUGUAAAAUUCAUGGCACAGCAGUUGGAGGAGCUGGAAAUGAGCAUUGCAGAAUUAAACGAGGCAUUGUACGACAUCAUAGUUUUAACGAAACGGGUGAUAGAACUUUAACUACUCUUGCAAGACAGCCAACUUAUCCUAGCAUGCCUUUAAGAUCUGAAGAUUGUCGAAUGACUUUGAUGAAGAAAGACAAGAAACCAAGUGAAACCAUUGAACGACAUUCAUCUGUAGCCGAUGAAAAAUGUCUUAUUGGAGGCCGCGGUUUGGUAUUAAGUCCUAGCUACAGUAUGUAUGGAUCAGUAGUAACUGAUCAUAGUUAUUUUUUAGCUGAAGAUGAAGCUAUUAGUAGAUUUUAAUUUUAACUCUUGUAUAUUAUAAUUAAGUAUGAUUCAACGGCAUUAAUGCUUUUUUGUAAUAUGUCAAAACGUAUCUGAACAAAUGACCACUUAACAGAAGAUUUUUUAUAAUUUUAAUUUAUUAAUCUUAUAAUAGUUUAAGUAAGUAGAGUGAUAAUUACAAAAAAAUUUUAAUUAUUGAAUGUUAUUCGCUCAAUAAUUUUAUUUGAUACAAUUUUUGUCAUUUUUAUUACCAUAAAGCCAUUUUUACACAAUAUUAACUAUUUUAUAUGAAUAGUUGAACAAAGUUUAAUCCAAAAAUUACCUAUCGAACUCAGUCUUAACUAUUCAGGAUAAAUUAUUUUUUAAUAUUAAUUCUUUUUCUUUAAAUUCAACUUAUCAAAUAUGAUUCGGUAUAAGAGUAAAGUAAAUAAUUGACUAGUCAUUUAUCGAAAAAUAUGCCAAAGAAUAGAUAUUAUUUAAAAUAUUAUUAAAUUACAAAAAGACCAAAAGUAUUAAAAAGAUUCUAAUACUAUAAUCUAUCUUCCAUGUAAUUAUAAUCUAAAAUUGGACAAACUAAUAAAUUAGUUUCAACUUAUGCAGUGAAAAAUGUUUUAAGUUGAUUUUUACGAUUUGUCUUGAAGGUCAUGUAAAAACUUCACUGAAUUGACUGAAACUGAAAUUAGACAUUGUACAAAUGACAUCUUCCUCCUUUAUCUUCGUAGUUUUUAUUUUUAAAAAGUUGACGGAAAUUAAUUGUAAAUAAAUCAUUUUAAUAAUAAGAGGUAUCCAGAAUGAUUGAUAAUAUUCAGAGUAUUCAUUUCUGGAAAUGGGAUAUUAAUAAAAUGUUAAUAAAUCAUUUAACUUUAAUUAUUAUUAUAAUUAAUAAAAUAAUUUAAGUGAAAAAACUACCAUUAAAUAAAAUAAAUAAGUAUGUAAUAAGGAAAU